AUAUUGAAAGCAAAUAUUUUUAUUUUCUUUCUUAUCAUUUAACCUAAGAUGAAUUAAUAACGGCUAACCGUGCAUCACAGGAUGGAAGUCACAGGAGCUCAAGGAGAAGAGUGACCGCCCCCCAAGGACGGGGCAUCCUCUCCUGUGCAAAGGCCCCACGAUGCCUGCCUUACUCCACUGGUUCUCCCCGCAUCCCGAUCAGCCACCUGUCCAUCGCCAGCCGCCAGGAGGAGUGGGUGGAAGACAAGUCCAUGGCUGUCUCCAUGCAGAACAUGUCUGUCAUCUCCAAGGAGGCCCUGGGGCGCCUGCUGACCUAGCCUUUCCCCCAGAUAAUCAGCAGCCCCGGAGGCAGUAGAAGACAGAGGCCCGACCUGAGUAAUGGGCAGGCGAAAGGUCACAUCUUGACCUAAAUUAUGCUCUAGCCUCGGAGCCCUAAGGUGGAGUGAGCCCCCGAGGGACACUGGAAAAGAUGUCAGCAGGCUGUCGUGCCUCCAACUGGACAUGCCGCCUGCGAAGCUAAUUGGACCCUGCUCGGAUGUUGUCUGAAGCUGACCACUGGAGGCCUGUCCUAUGGAAACAACCAGCAAAUCCAGCUCAAGGCACAGGACUUGGCCCAGGUACCCAUGAGACUGUCUCCACGGACACCCUAGAGCAUCUAUGAUGAACCAGGAAGCCAAGGCCAGCUCCUCAUGGACCCCAUCAGCUUCCGGCUGGGCACCAAGAACCAGUGGGGUUGGCUCGUGAGUCUGCUCAGCAAUGAUCCAGAAUGGCUGAGUGCCAAGGUGAAGUUCUUCCUCCCCAACAUAGACCUGGGCUCCAGGAACGAGGCCCCAGACCCCACACAGAGGGUCCUCCUACAACUCAGGGAGCUGCACACCCAAGGCCCGGCCACCUGGAAGGCCUUCAUCCACUGUGUGUGCAUGGAGCUGGAGGUGCCCCUGGAGCUGGAGGUGCAGCUGCUGAGCACGUGGGGCCAUGGAGACGGGUUUCCCGGUCCUUCGGAAACGGGUGCAGAAAGCCCACCUGAACCUCCGCUCCACCACGGCCUCAAGCGGCCUCGUCAGAGCUGCGGGUCCUCACCCCGCCGGAAGCAGUUCAGGAGGCAGCAGCUCGAACUGGCCAAGAGGUACCUACAGCGGCUGAGGACCUCGGCCCAGCAGCGCUAUGGCGGCGAGCUCCCGGGGCCAGGGCAGCCCCUCGCCUUCCACCAGGCCUACGUCCCCCCGAUCCUGCAGUGGAGCCGGGCCACAGCACCCUUCAGCACUCAGGAGGGGGCCGCGCCGGGGAGCCCCAGGGCAGAGGAUGGCGCUGACCUGAGCCUCCAGGACCUCUUCGGCCCCAGGGCAGACAAGGGCCCGAGGGUCAUGGUGCUCCUGGGGAAGGCGGGCAUGGGCAAGACCACGCUGACCCGCUGGCUCUGCCAGAAGUGGGCCGACGGCCAGCUGGACCGCUUCCAGGCUCUGUUCCUGUUUGAGUUCCGCCAGCUCAACCUGCUGGCGGAGGCCCUGACGCUGCCCCAGCUCCUGUUCGACCUGUACCUGCGCCCCGAGGAGGGCCCCGACGCCGUCCUCCAGUACCUGGAGAGGAACGCCAAGGGGGUCCUGCUCAUCUUCGACGGGCUGGAGGAGGCCCUCCACCCCCAUCCCCGCGGGGAGACCGCGGGCCCCGAGGCGCCAGGCCCAGCCCUCGCCCUCUUCUCUGGCCUGUGCCGGGGGACCCUCCUGCCCGGCUGCAGGGUCAUGGCCACCUCCCGGCCAGGGAAGCUGCCGGACUGCCUGCCCACCGAGGCGGCCACCGUCCACCUGUGGGGCUUCGACGGGCCGCGGGUGGAGGAGUACGUAGGCCGUUUCUUCAGCAACCAGCCGGCCCGGGAGGCGGCCCUGGCGGAGCUGCGGGCAAACAGACACCUCCGGAGCAUGUGCGCGGCGCCCGCCCUGUGCCGGAUCGCCUGCCUCUGCCUCCGCCACCUGCUCCCGGACCUCUCUCCGGGCCAGUCUGCGGCCCUCCUGCCCACCGUGACGCAGAACUACGUGCAGAUGGUGCUCGCCCUCAGCCCCCGCGGGUACCAGCCUGCCGAGGCCCUGAGGGGCCUGGGGGAGGUGGCCCUGAGGGGCCUGGAGACUGGAAAGGUGAUCUUCUCUGCAGGAGACAUCCCUCCAGCCAUGAUGGCCUUCGGGGCUGCCCUGGGCCUGCUGACCUCCUUCUGCGUCUGCACAGGCCCCCGGCAGCAGGAGCCGGGCUAUGCCUUCACCCACCUCAGCCUGCAGGAGUUUCUGGCUGCCCUGCAUCUGAUGGCCAGUCCCGAGGUGGACAAAGACGCACUCGCCCGCCACGUCACCCUCAAUUCUCGCUGGCUGCUGCGGACCAAAGCCCGACUGGGCCUCUGGGACCACCUCCCCGCCUUCCUGGCGGGUCUGGCAUCCUCCGCCUGCCAUCCCUUCCUCUGCCACCUGGCAGAGCGGGGUGAGGCGUGGGUGGGCGCCAAGCAGGCCGCAGUCAUACAGGCACUGAAGAAGUUGGCCACGCGCAGGCUCACGGGGCCCAAGGUGGUAGAGCUGUGUCGCUGUGUGGGCGAGACACAGGAGCCGGAGCUGGCCAGCCUCAUGGCCCGCAGCCUCCCCUGCCAGCUGCCCUUCCACAACUUCCCGCUGACCUACGCCGACCUGGCUGCCCUGACCAACGUCCUGGGGCACAGGGAGGCCCCCAUCCACCUGGAUUUCGAGGGCUGCCCGCUGGAGCCCCGCUGCCCUGAGGCCCUGGCAGGCUGUGGGCGGGUGGAGAGUCUCAGCUUUAAGAGCAGGAAGUGUGGGGACGCCUUUGCAGAAGCCCUCUCCGGGAGCUUGCCGACAAUGGGGAGCCUGAAGAAGCUGGGGUUAGCAGGAAGUAAGAUCACUGCCCGAGGCAUCUACCACCUGGUGCAGGCUUUGCCCCUCUGUCCACACCUGGAAGAGGUCAGCUUUCAGGACAACCAGCUCAAGAACCAGGAGUUGCUGAGCAUCGUGAAGGUCCUCCCUUGCCUGCCGACGCUCCGGAAGCUUGACCUGAGCCACAACAAUGUCUCCAUGGCGACCCUGCUGGGCUUGACCGAGGUGGCAGUCACGUGCCCGACUAUCAGGAUGCUGCAAGUCAGGGAGGCGGACCUCAUCAUCCUUCUCUCCCCGCCCACAGAGACAGCUGCGGAGCUACCUGGAUCCCCAGCCCUACGGGGAAACGCCGGCCAGAAAGAGGCUCAGAGCAGAAGCUUGGCCCUCAGGCUGCAGAAGUGUUUGCUAACCGUCAGGGACGUGGAGAUGCUCAUAGCCCAGCUCCGGGAAGGCCCCCUCCUGGAGGAAGUAGACCUCUCAGGGAACCAGCUGGAGGACGAAGGCUGUCGACUGGUGGCAGAGGCUGCCCCCCAGCUGCGCAUCGCCGGGAAGCUGGACCUCAGUGACAACGGGCUCUCGGUGGUGGGAGUGCCCUGGGUGCUGAAGGCAGUGAGCACGUGCCAGAACCUGGCAGACCUGCACAUCAGCCUCAUGCACAAAACUGUGGUUCUCACGUUUGCCCCAGAACCGGAGGAGCAGGAGGGGACCCAGGAGAGGGCUGCGUUUCUUGACAGCCUUACGCUCCAGAUGUCCUCUGAGCUGCCCCCGUGCUCCCCGAGGAUCAGGCUGACACACUGCGGUUUGCAAGCUGAGCACCUGGAGCAGCUCUGCAAGGCCUUGGAAGGAAGCUGUCGCCUGGGCCACCUCGACUUAUCGAGGAAUGCUCUGGGGGACCAAGGUGCUGCCCAGCUGGCUCGGUGGCUCCCAGCGCUGGGCGCUCUGCAGUCCUUGAACCUCAGUGAGAACUGCUUGUCCCUGGAUGCUGUGUUCAGUUUGGCCCAGUGUUUCUCUGCGGUGCCGUGGGUCCUCCAGCUGGACAUCAGCUUCGAGAGCCAGCACGUGGUCCUGAGAGGCGGCAGAAGAGCCAGGCAUCUGCUGGCCCGCAGCCCUCCGCCAGAGUCCCCCGCCCAAGCCCAGUCCUCGGGGUUCGGUCAGCGCUGCGUCCCCAGGAGCUUCUGGUACCUUCUUACCCACUUCUUGUUUGGGGGUAACCACAGUGGGGAGAGGGCUCAAGGAGUGAGGCGAGCCUGGGGGGUCAGGCUGGGGACUGGGAGAGAGGAGAAAGGGAAUUUGAGAGAAGGGGAGAGAGAGGGUGAGUGUGAGGACUGGUGAUGGGGCUGUGGGCCCCGCACUCCAACCCCACACUGAUUUCUCUGCAGGCUCCCCAGCUCCCCCACGAGCGGCUGUGGGACCUGGCGGGCCCCUCCCUCUCCUGGCCUCGAUUUCUUUUCUUUGUUUUUAAAUAUAUUUUUAUUGACUUCAGAGAG